CUAGUUAUUGAACUAAGGAGAGUGUUCGGACACCAGCCUCAUACUUGUGUGAUGGUAAACAAGAAACACUACGACUUAUGAACUUUGAUAUCAAAUAGUGCAAAUAUGUCUCAGACAGGACCUCCCAGUCAUUACUAUGGCGCCAAGGAUGAAAAAGUCAAUGGUAUCUCAAGUGAUGAUAGUGACCUGCUGGCACAUGGAAUAGAGGACAGUAUUAAUAUUCAGUACCAGUUGCCAGAUUCAUACUGUUAUGAAUCGGCAAUAUUUUUUGAUAAGAAGCCCUAUGAAAGACCCUUAUUGCAUAAAAUGGUGAAAGAGUGGCACACUGAAAUUCUUCAGAAAAGAAUGGUAAAAAAGAAAAAGAAUGAAGAAGCUAUAGCUUUGACUCGGACCAGGAAUGAAAGUCAGUGUAGUGGAGAUUCAACUACCAUCAGUGGAGACAGUCAGGAGAUGACAUCUGAGGAUCUAAGCGAAGAUAACCAAGAUAUAAUUACAGAUUCGUUUGAAUCAGACAUUGAAAAGUAUUCUGAAUCACCAUUGCACGGAGUCGAAAUUCCCCUUGAGGCAAACAGUACAUUAUCGGCUGCUUCAAUGCAAGCAGGGAAUGCAUAUUUGAGUCCGUCCUUUCUGAAUCAGGACCUUGUACCAGCCCCAACUACAACACUACAUCAGAGCCCUGACUUUAGUUUGUCAUCUCUUACUAGUUCACAAUUGAACAUUUCUGUGCCCAAGUUAACCAUCCCUGUUUCAUUGCAGUCAGCAAGUUCUGGUUUAUAUUGCCUUAAUUCAAACUUGCCUAAUUUGGGAUUCAAUAAAAACAAAGAUUUGAUAACACCUCUUGAGAUGGAACACUUAAAGAAUUGUACUCCUGAUGUAUUAUCAACAUCACCAGGCUCAGAGCAGUCUACGCUUAAUUUACCUUCCUUAACAAUAGCAGACAGUAAAAAUUCUUUGCUGACUUUGUCGUCACUUGCAGCAGCAUAUAAGGAGAGCUCUGGCCCUACCUUGUCGUCACUUGCAACAGCACACAAGGAGAGCUCUGGCCCCACUUUGUCAUCACUAGCAGCAACAGCACACAUGGAGAGCUCUGGCCCUACUUUGUCAUCACUUGCAGCAGCACCCAAGGAGAGCUCUGGCCCUACUUUGUCAUCACUUGCAGCAGCACACAUGGAGAGCUCUGGGCCAACCUUGUCAUCACUUGCAGCAGCACACAAGGAGAGCUCUGGCCCUACUUUGUCAUCACUUGCAGCAGCACACGUGGAGAGCUCUGGGCCAACCUUGUCAUCACUUGCAGCAGCACACAAGGAGAGCUCUGGCCCUACUUUGUCAUCACUUGCAGCAGCACACAUGGAGAGCUCUGGGCCGACCUUGUCAUCACUUGCAGCAGCACACAAGGAGAGCUCUGGCCCUACUUUGUCAUCACUUGCAGCAGCACACAUGGAGAGCUCUGGGCCGACCUUGUCAUCACUUGCAGCAGCACACAAGGAGAGCUGUGGCCCUACUUUGUCAUCACUUGCAGCAGCACCCAAGGAGAGCUCUGGCCCUACUUUGUCAUCACUUGCAGCAGCACACAUGGAGAGCUCUGGGUCCACUUCAGCUUCCACAUUCUAUGUGCCUAUGCUAAACCUGUUGGAAAACUCUUGUCCAAUUGAAUCGUUACAUUCAAAGAAUUCACCUUUUAAUCAAAAUGCCGUACCUUCUCAGUUUUUGUCUUCAACAAAGAAACCCACCUUACCCAGUUCCAUGCAAUCACCAUUGAGUAACUUGAAUAUUCCAAAAUUAAUUGGGCCAAAUAAAGAUAAGAAUUUAUAUAAUUCUUCAACCUUGAGCAUGGGUGGUUGUGGGCUUCCUGUUCCAACAACUCAGGGCAACUUAAAAGAGGAUAAAUCUCCUGCUAGUUUAGCAAAAUUCCUCCAUACAGGUAACUUAACUUCAUCUGUAAAGAAAUCUGAGCAAGAAAAUGCCACUCAGUUUAUGCAAUUGGAUUGCCCAUCAGAUGAUGCUGGUUGGCUUCAGCCAGCUCAUAAUUUAAAUGUUGCUGGGGAGAUGUCGGCAGUUCAUGCUAACCCUCCUUUAGUUCAAAGUUGUCAGGCUUUGAAACCUCCACCUGGAUUCAAAGUGCCAGCAGGUCUCUCAUGCCCACCUAGUCAGCCAUUUUCUAGUGGCUUGCCGCCACCACCUGGCUUUCCACCUCCACCUGGCUUUCCAUCUCCACCUAGUAAAUUAUCUGCAUCUAGUUUAUCAUCACUUCAUGCCUCACAGUCACCGACCUUCUUGCCUCCAUCUUUGUUUUCCCUUCCUAGUAAUCUCCAGCCUGGUCAACUGUCCCAUGUUAAUCCACAACACCAACCUGAUGUAAUUCCAGGUUGGAAUUUACCAUUACCAGUAAAGCAAUCAACUGAAAUCUAUGACUCCUUUAACAGCCAUAAUCAUCCAUAUUGUAUACCUGGCAUUCAUUAUUCUGAAAAAGAAAACCAAGAAAUGAUGUUUCAAAUGGAAGAGGAAGAGGAUAUGACACCUGAUAUUGACUUGCAAGCAGCCCUCGUAAAACCACACGAAGAGAGCAUCCCAGCACCUGCUAGUGAGAAAUGCAAGAAUACCUCGAUAACAAUAGAACAAAACCAGUUUGAGACUGAUUCAUCCUUGUGCAAAGUGUGUCCAUCUACCUUUGGCCAAGUGAUGGUGAGAAUACCCCACACUCCUCAAGUUAAGCGACUUACUGAAAAAAUCAUACACGUUCCCUUCCGCAUAUUUAAGUUUGAUUGUCCAUCCCCAGACGAGCUGGUGAGGGAGGCUUUGCAAGACCACCAAAAUCCUGCAUGGUACAGACUGGCAACUAGGGAGAGACAAAAUAGAAGAUAGAUAUUUACAUUUUGUAUUUUAUCCUGUCUUAAAUGUGCAACAUAAGGAUUUGUUUAAGUACUCAUUCGUGUUGAUAAUGUUGAAUGAUGGGUAAAAUGUGACGGAACUUUGCCGAAAUAAAAGCCCAGUGUAUUUGUAUAGUUUUUAUCAAAUAUUGAGUGCCACAAGCAAAUAAUGUUUAGUGAGUUUUUUUUUUUUAUUACUCAUGUACAUCUUGCUCCAUGAAUUAAUAUUUUGUUUAACAUCUCAAUAUUGUCUAAGCAUUGAAUUUCAUAUUAUGCAGUUGCCCAGAAUUUUGUAAUGGUGUCCAGUCAUGUACAUAAUGUGCAUCAAAUAAUUAUCACUCAAUAAUUGUUCUACCUUAUUAUUUAUGCUAUAAAUAAUAUUUAUAGCUAUAAAUACAUUAUUUAUAGCAAGUAUAAAGAAUUAUUUAUAGCAUGAGUGAAGAUAGUAGUGACAAAAAAAUUGAAUAGAAUAAUAAUGGGAAAAAAUAUAUUACAUUAAAUAACUGAGACAACCUUGCAUAAAGUAUAUGGAUCCUUGCAUAAAGUAUAUAUAUAAAGUAAAUAAAUUAAAUUCCCUGAACUGGAUCUGUUUUUACUCGAUUAACGUCAACUUGGCAUUGUAAUAUUCAAUAGUAAGGUUUUAGUAUCUGUGUGGCUUAGCUUCUGAUGACGGAUGUGGGUGGUUGGCUGUUGGCUCUAGACCCCAACAGGUAGAACCACAAGUAACACUGUACUAUUAUUUUAAAUUUGUAGUUUGAAUUGUCAGUGUUUUAACUGUAUAUUCAAUUUUAUAUGUAAAGUGUUUGCAUACGGUUCUGGUUUUAGUAAUGUGUUUAAUUAUACAGUGACGUGAACUUUUAAAUUUAAAAGUACAAUACCUGAUACUAGGUUAAACUUGUAUCCAAGGGAACGUGUUUAGAUGUUCACUAAGGGUUACAACUAGCGGCUAAUAUGCUCAGAAUACAUUUAUGAUGAUAGAAUAUGCAAGUGUAUGAUGUUGCACAAGUACAAAGAGAGCACCUAGUGUUUAUUUUUAUAUUAAUACAUGAUGUGAACUGUAUCUUUAUGUACAAAUGGAUUGUCAACAUUUCCCUUCCACUUUAAUAUUGAUAAUUUAAGUUUUUCAUGUACAUAGAGAGCUGAAGAAGUAACUUGAAUAAAUUCAGCAAUCUUGUAAUUGAAAGGUUCUUUAUAUACUGAAGGCACUAAUGUAUAUACACUCAUAAAUAUAGAAUACUAUAGAACACAAGAACUCCUUGUGUUCUAUAGUAUGAUAAUGACAGUCACACAAUGAAUGGGUGCCAUUCGAUCACAAUGAAUAGGUGACAUUCAUCAGCAGCAGGUGUGUGUGUGUGUGAGAGAGAGAUAGAGAGAGUGAGAUACUACAUCAGUUCUUUGCUGUAUCUGUGUACAAAGUUAGAGUUUUCUUAAUAACUAAUUUUAAACCUAUUCUGUAACGCGAAAUCUACAGUAUUUGCUUAUUGUAGUUGAAAUACUAUAUAGUAGAAAAUUGCUAGUACUUAGUUAUGUGUGUGGAUUUAACCAUGCACUUGCCAACUGUGAACGUCAUUUUAUGCUAACUUUAGAAAAUAUUAAUAGGUUGACUUCGGCCUCUGAAACAUUGUACUAUACAGGGGUACCUCAGUUUAUGAAUUUAAUCCAUUCCUAGAGACGUUCGUAGCCUGAAAAUUCGUAAACCGAAGCAAAUUUCCCCAUAAGAAAUAAUGGGAUUGAAUUAAUCCGUUCCAGAUUCCCCAAAAAAUUAAUUUCAAAGUAAAUUUUAUACCUAAUUCACCCAAAUCUUGAGUACAAAAGUUUGUACAAGUUAUUAUUUACUUUUAUUGAUGACUCCUGUUUGCAUAUGGAAGACGGCGAGGAGGGGAGGGUAGAGGAGAGGUGUUACUGUUUGGAAGGGAAGUCCCCUUCCAUUAUAACAUCAGGCAGUGAUGACUUCUCUGGGGUACACACUCUGGCACAUUUU